AUGACUUCCAGCAUUCACGGUUCCUCCGCCGUCCUCCACCCCUCUGCCACCACGUCAGCCGCCUUCACCGGUGAAAACUGCAGCAUAAAGAGUAUCUCUCUGAAGAGAAAAUCUCCACCACCACCCUCUUCUCCUUCUGAUGAACCCUCCCCCAAAAAAAUCACUCUCCAUCCACCACCAUCCUCCUCCUCUACCGCCGCCGCCGCCGAAACGGUACCGGAAAAAACACCAUCCCCUGCUUUUUCACCCUUUUCCUCCAAAAGGGUAUCUAACAAAUCACCAUUCUCCACGUGUUCAACUACUACAACUUAUAAUCCGGCCAUUUCACCACUCCCAUUUUCAAGAUUCACAGCAACGCAGCCGCACAAUAACACUCUGCGGCGGACACUCUCAGAACCACCGGGUUUCAAUUCUUUUACUGCUUUUGUUACGUACAUGAAUUCUCAGUCACCGGAAAAUGCUAAGAACAGUAAUAUCUCUGCCGUUAAUUGGCAACGUCCUCUUUGUAGAUCAAUUUCUGUUCCUACUAAUACUGAUAUUCUGGUUCCGGCAGCUGUGAACCUGCCUUUGCCAUCAAAUCCAUCACUUAAUUCUGAAAAGACUACCAAAAGAAAGAUUUUAAAUCAGUUUCUGAAUGAAAAAAAUGAAGCAGAUGGUAAAGAAGAUACUAGUCCUGGUAAGGAAGAGAAUCACAGUAACAACUUUGAGGGCUCAAAACAGUUUGUGAAUGAAAAUGAAACUGAUGAUAAGGGGCACAGUACUGCUUCUGAUAAAGAAUACUUGUCGGGUUAA